ACCCGACCCGGACCCGACCCGAAAAUACCCGACCCGAGGUCGAGCAUUACAAAACCGGGUCAGGUCGGGUAAUUACCCGGUUUUUCUCAACCCUAACGGAAAACGUCGCACUGGUUUCCGUCGGGUAAUUGCGCGACCCGGAAUUGGAUCGGGUACCUGUAGGCUUGAGCAAAAUUCCCGGCCGGGUCGGGUACCCGGGACCCGGAUCCGCUUUUUGGGCGGGUCGGGUAUCCGGAUUCCGGAUUAUUACCCGGCGGGUCGGAUCCGGGUUACCCGGGCGGGUAUUCGAUACCCGCUACCCGAAACGUUACCCGGUCGGGUAUUCCAUUUAGACAUGGGCGUAAGUCGCGCUGUGAUUUAGGUUUUGUUGCAAAACAGUUUGGGAGGUGAGGGGGGACGAGUGGAGCAUUUUUAGGAGAAGUUGGAGUUUGUACAUGGGGAGGAGUUAAGUUCGGUGAAAGGGAGAGAGUUGGGUGAGGUUGGAGAAAAGGUUGGAGUUUGUAGAUGGGUAGGAGUUCAGUGCGGUGAAAGGGAGGGAGUUUGGUUGGAAAUUGGAGUGUGUAGACUGGGAGGAGUUCAAUGCGGUGAAAGGGAGGGAGUUUGGUUGGAAAUUGGAGUUUGUAGAAGGGGAGGAGUUCAGUGCGGUGAAAGGGAGGGAGUUGGGUGGGAGGGCAUAUUACCCGACCCGGACCCGACCCGAAGAUACCCAACCCGAGGUCGGGUAUUGCAAAACCGGGUCGGGUCGGGUAAUUACCCGGUUUUGCUCAACCCUAGGUACCCGCGAGUAACGAAUUACCCGGCCUGGAGAAUUCUGGGGUUUGGGGUACACAUAACCCGGCCCGAGUACCCGACCCGACCCGGACGGGUAAUUCGUCGGAAUCCUAUUACCCGACUUGGCCAAAAUGUCGGGUUGAGUCAAGUACCCGCUACCCAUCCGGGUAAAAUGCCCAUGUCUACCACACAGCUGCUGCCACUACCGAAUCAUUUGUGCAACGAUGUUGAUGCUUGACCUUGUGUGUGCCAGCUAUUCAUGUGGUUCACUCCCUACGUAUCUCAAGACUAGACCAUCAUCUUAUGGCUCCUGCGGUACUUUUGUUCUCGUUGUGUGUCUCAUAGGCUUUCCUCCGCUCAAGUUUGUCCUGAAUGAAGAACAAGCCCUUGGCCUCAACUUAUCGGUGGCCACUUUCGCACCAGCUAGAGCCAGCCCCUUCUCCCGCUAUGUUAGUGCGGACUACAAAAUGUCGGCCACCAAGGAGGAUUCAUGGAGCAUCCGCGACUACCACACUUGGGACUCCGUGGCCUUCCUUGGGUGGCCUGUCAAGAACCAAGGGAAUUGCAAUGCUUGCUGGGCAUAUGCGGUGGUGGCGAGUGUGGAGGCAGCAUACGGCAUUGCAAAGAACCAGCUCGCUGCCCAGCUGUCAGUGCAGUCACUCUUUGCAGCCAUGAAGCUGACUGACACAGACAAGUGCACGACUGGAGGCUCCCCCACCGAGGCCUUUGAGAAGCUGGUCACUCUUGAUGUUGGCAAUUCACUCACAGGGGUCAAUGAAUCGGCAGCAAGGUAUCCGGUGGAUGCAUUUGAGCGCACGCAUUUCAAGGGGUAUGUGGGGAUCAUGCUAGCAGUGCAGCGCCAGCCAGUGGUGGUUCACAUUGAGGCUUUGGCUGCAACGUUUGUUGCUUACGACGGGAUAUACAAAUAUCGGGAUCCUCAGUGCUACACCGGCAAUCUGAACCAUGUUGUACUCGUGGUUGGCUACUUCAUCAACAGAGAAGACGACAGCCACAGCCGCAUUGCUCCUCCAUUCUGGAUUAUCCGCAACUCGUGGGGAGUGGAGUGGGGGGACAAAGGCCACAUGCGCAUGGAUAUUCAGGGAGGAGAUGGCGUGUGUGGCAUCAACGUGCUGCCUGGCAUCUACCCCAUUGUCAAGAUUCCAGGGGACCCCUGUGGCCAAAACAGCUACAAGGGAGAUGGGGAUUCGCAGCCCAGCAUGAACCCGUGCGGCCGGUUCCAGUGCCAAGCAACUACCGACAGCAGCAAUAGCUGUAGCUGCAGUAUUCCUGAAGCUAUCACCUCGCCUUUUGUUGAGGUUGGGAAUGGAAAUGGUUCCAGCACAUGUGCUUAUGUGGACGUUUGUGGGUCGUACUUCACGAACCCCUGCUACGUGGGCUCAUGCAUCAACGAUGGCAAGGGCGCCUACUCUUGCAUAUGCCCUCCCAACCACAUUGAAAGCAGAACUGUCGAAGGAUUACCCACCUGUGAUCCAGCUAAUACCACAGGCACCAGCAUGACUGUCAGUGGAGGCAACUGGCUGUGUUCGGAUAUUUACCCGCUUGCCGGCCUCUCAUCAGAUCAAUUCACACUCCAGAAUGCGGCCAUAGAUUGCAGCCAACCAUUGCCCAUGGGAAGUGUUCUUCAGCUGGGUGGUACUCCCAACACACCCUGCACUGCCUUCUUCAGCUGGGAUGGGGACACCUGUUCAUCCAUCAGCAAUCGGGUUAACAUGAAUGAGGGAAACCUUACCGCUCUCAACCCCGGCCUUGACUGCUCCAAGCCCAUCAAGGCGGGCCGCUCCGUGUGCGUCGAGCGCAAUGCUACCUUUGCCUUCACUGUCCCCGAUUGUUUGCGAUACGGCUUGGUGACACCUCUAGACACGUGCGACCGACUGCUUCAGAAGAACACCCAGCCGGGUGAAGGUGUCGACGGAUACUCCUGGGCUGAGCUGUACUGCAACAACCCCGGCCUCACUUGCUCGCGCACCAUUCCUUCUUCUGUCUCCGUUGUUGGCAGCAAGAUUGGCGUGCAGAUUUGUCUCAGGGCAGAGUAUUGGUCAUUCAAAUUGGGUAUGUGCAAAAAGGGCAGGACCAAGCCAGUCUCACCAUCGAUGACGUGUUCAGCUGCUUACCGCUUCUACGAUGGAGCUACUGCCUCAGCGGUUUCAAAGUUUUAUGAGUAUAACGCCAAGUCUUGUUCUGGAACCAUAGGAGCCAGGUCUAUAUGUGUGCCAUAAUUUUUUUUUAACUGGCUUCCAAAAUUCGUGGGCUAUGUUUGAGAUGAUUGCAGUAUCACGCUAAUGUUUCGGGGUAUGUAUUCCAUUCCACGCAUCUCAUAGCAAGGUAGGCCACCCAUUUUCCAAGCGUGUCCCUGCACAACUCACGUAGCGUAUCCAAUCCACCCUGAUAGGCGACCCUAGGGGCGUGUAGGGCGAAUAGAUUUGGGAAGGGGUGAAGGGGCCAAUGAUCGAAUUUUAAAGAAUAAGCCCCAUGGCUAAUCUUACGAAAUUAUAAGAACGAUUUUUGUUUGGGGGUUGCGGAGCAACCUAUUGCAAUGGAUUGGGCG